AUGGAAAGUAGAGGGAACACGAGACAGAUACAGCGGGGGCGAGACGAGGGCCUACCGGAAGCGAGAGCCUCGCCAGUCUCUCUCGCCUCAUUUCCCCUGGCGAGUCGAACCUCUCACGGCAGAGCGGAGGACGAGGCGGGGUGUGGGAGAAGAUGCAGUGAGGGAGGAAGGGGCACUGUGCCGCCCUCGUCGAUUUCCUCGUCUUUUUCUCGGCCAGGAGACGAACACAGCGAGACAACCGCUUCCUCGCGAUCUUGCGAAGGCGGCGAGCGGAACGAGGUUCUCGUGUGCUUGCUUCUUGAACGCUGGACCUUUGCCUACUCGCCGCCACUCGCGUGUCCAUCGCCGCCGUCCUGGUCUCCGUCUGGGCCCUCUGCAGCGCUGGGUGGGCGUUUUGACAUUCUUCAUCGCAACUUGUCCACUGCGAUGCGGGGGUUCACUGCGUUUGCGCAUCUGCUUCCAACGUAUUCGCUUCUGUCGUCAGCGGCUUCUCUCCUCUUUCCCCCGGAAACCGAUCGAGGGUUCACCACCUUCCUUUCUGGUCCACCGAUGUACAUCACGCCGGAGUACCGGCCGCCCGUGUACGCAGGCCGACGCGCGGAACGCUGGCAGCCUGGUGGGACCCCUCGAUCAUCCCGUCAGAGCGACGCGCGCGAAGCGCAAAGGCCAACCUCAGUUGCCUCCGCACAGCCGCUGCCUCGCCCUUCGUUGUCUCAAAGAUGUUGUCAGUCUCCUCCAGUGCCAGGCGCUCCCCUCCCAGUUUCCUACCCCUCGGCUGGGGUGUCGUCGACCGCUGCACCAUCGCCCGCCUCGUCGCCAUUGCGCACGCGUCGAGACGAGCCACGAGACAGAAACGCCCCGGUCCCGACGUCGUAUCUGUCGUCCACCGCGCCCGGCUCCGGAGCGUCCCUCCUGUCUCCGUCAAUUUCAUCGGUUGCCAUCAGCCACCGUUUUCUCCCCUCCUCUUCUCCACGACGUCCUAUCGGUCUACUGCACUCGUACAGGGAAAGGGAAGCCGUGGCGCCAUCUCCUUCCUCUCCACCUUCCUCCCGACCCCGAAGUCUUUCUUCUUGUCGCGGCGUCCAAGGCAGUCCCGCCAGCCACGAACGGCCGGGACCCGUCCCCCCGUGGCGCUUGCAGGCGUCUGUUUCUCUCAAGUGGGAGGAAACCUCAUCGACGCACCGCCGCCGAGGCGCCUUUGCUCAGAGCUCUCUUUGCCAAUCCUCUCGGCCACACGACAUCCUGAUCGCCACCUAUUCAUCGCAUGCGCGCCACGCCCCUCACCCGCAGGCAUCCCUUGGCUCGGCGAGCGCGACGGCCAGGCGCUCUGGACUCUCCACCUGCGAGGACUUCUCGGAGGGUCCAUCGUCGCCGCCGGAGGCUUCGCUUGCGAGUUUCUCUGGCGGACCACGAAUCGUCGCGGCGCUUGUGCCCCGUCGCUGUGAGUCGCGCGACGCUUCCCUGCCGCAGCUUGGGGGGACACCAAGAGGUCAGAAAACUGGAAAGGUUGAGGCUGAUUCGGCCCGUGGGACGCCGCGUUCUCAACGCUCCGACACGCACAAAAAGGCUGCAAAUAAAAGCGGCCGCACGCUCUCGUCUGUUUGCCACACGAGUCCGAACGAACAAACCCCUCGUGGAGGGGCAGUGCUGGGGGGUAGAGGCCAGUGGGAAGGUGGGGAGAAAUCGGUGACGGAAGAGGAAGCAGGAUACACCCAAGUGUCGGGAGUCUCGCUUCCGUGUGGGCACGGCAUUUUAACCGUGCGAGUGGCGUUCCGAGAAGACAUUGCUUUUCUUCUGCAAACAGCUGCCGAAGCGUGCACAGGACCGCCAGAGCCGGCCGAGAGUCUGCGGGUCACUUUGGCUCCCGCCGCAGAAAACGGACGGCGAGAAGGGCGCGAGGCGCCGUGGUCUCGAUUCGGAGAGGCGAAGGAGACGGCGGAGCUGUGGCGAUGUUCGUCUCCGGUUUCGCCCAAACCGUUGUCAGUGUCGGCGAGUUCCGGGCACUCAGGCGGCAUAUCUCGUCUCAGCGUUUUCGAGGAGACAGAUGGCGGCAAGGGUGCAAAUCGAAAGCCAACCGGGGCUGCCAAAGACGACUGUGUGGGACCGGAAGCCAAAGAGCGAGAUGGAACCCAAACAGACCGGCAAGGGAGACCACAGAUAGAAAUGGUUCGCAGUGUGAGUGGGAAAGAGACCCACGACAGGAUGAAUGAGGCAGGAUGGAGAACAAAUUGUUCGCUGCCAUCUGAGGUCUCGUUUCCUGCUCGUGAAGUGCACAACGAGGGGAAACGCCCACCCACAGUUGGGCUUCGUUCGUCUUUCGGUUCCUCUGCUCCGACGCCUUUCGCUUCGUCGACGUCUCUUUCGACUUCGGGGCCUCGCCGACGUUCAACCUUUGUGUGUUUGGCAGUCACUCGAUCGUCUGGAUCCAAUGCUGCCACUGUCCCCCCGUUUCCAUACCUCCAGGGGCAGACUGGGCUUCCCUCAAAACGCCUUUCUGUCAGUGGGAGCCGCCAGAUGGACACCUUUCGACUUCCUGCAGCCGCGCCUCCCUCCGAAGCAGAUUACCGCAGCUUCUCUACUCAUCUCCCUUCUCCCGCCAUAACUGCGUGUCCUUCUUUCCCACCUUCCUCGUCGGUUUCCUCGUCAGUUUCAUCUUCGGUCUCCGCGUCCCCUCCCAUGCAUGCCCGCGAGGCAAGCGAUGCAGCAAACGAGAAGGCAGAAACGACUAACCACGGAGAUGAGAAGGAAAAUGCACAGAUGGAGCGGAUGGGCGAGGCGUGUUGUGAUGCGAAGGCGUCCGAUGUAGGAGCGACUGAACAGGAGGGGGGCGAAGAAGAAAGACAACCGGAAGGAGACUCUGAUGCCCAGGCAAGGAGUGUCGCAGAACCAUUAGGCGACUCUCGGCCCAUGGUGACAUCGGGGGCCGCCUUCACUGACGCGCGUUCGCGUCAAUCGGAAUUCUCGAACGUUUCACCUUUUCGAUUUUUGCCUGCAGGCAGUGAAGUAAUGAGGCAUUCGUCUUUCAAUUCGGGAGACAGGGGAGACGGGGAUAACGGAAAUUCAGAAAAACGUUGGUUUCGCGCGUUGUCUGAAGGAGUCCCGGCGGGCGAAAGGGAAACGACUUACGACACACUGCGCAAGGGGGAACAAGGAAAACAAGCAAGCGAGACGGCAUUCGAACGCAACGAGGCAUUCGAAGCCAAAAGAGACGCACUGACGGAGGCAUCUGGUUCCGAGAUCGAGGGACGCAAAAACGCCAUCACCAAUCGCAACCCUGCUGCUCUUUUCUCGGUCUUUGCAUGCCAAGCCGUGGAUCACGGGCGAGUGGCAGGUGACUACCUCGCCCCCGAUCGCACUCUGGUUCGACCGCCUUCGUCGCUCGUUUCUUCCUUCGCAUCGUUUUCCCGUUCUUCCCCCUCUUGCCCGGCCUCAGACCGCAUGCUUCUUUCCUCCGCGCGUCUCGCCGCCGAGGCCGAGACGCGUUGGGCAGUGCUGCUUGAACGCUCGUCUGCUCUCGAGAAUUCCUCUGCCUGCUCAGCUGGGUCUUCUCCGUCUCCGUUUGGGUCUUCUGUCUCUGCCUCCGGCGUAGUCUCGGCUUCGUCGGGGUCGUGUGGCUUCGGAAUCGGCAGGUUGCCGACGACGCUGCGUCUGUCGGCGCCGAGGCAGAGGAGCGAGUCGAGGCCAAAGAUCGGCAAAGUCGACUCCAGCGAGAAAGCGGGCGGAAACCGGCAGAGCGGCGGCAGGAACGGGGACGACAGGGAGGCGUGCAGGGAGAAGCAUUCGAGGGGGAAAGAAGGCGAUGACUUGUGGGAUGCCGGGGAAGAUGCGCGUGGCGGUGGUCUCGGGGGCGGCGAAGGAGACCCGCCUUCACCCGGUAUGGCAGAAACGAGAAUGCGGAAGAACCAGGGGCGUCAAACGACUAACCAGGCGGUUAUUGUUCUGGAUGAGGACCACGAGGAAGAUGACAGCGAGAGAGACCAGGCCUCUUUUGACGGGCGGUGUGACUCGGCGUUCCUCGGCAAAAAUCGAAAAAGAGGCAACGGAGCGUUCUGUCUCCAUCCGCUCGGGUUUGACUGGGCAGAAGACCAGAUGUUUGAGUGCGACUCCCUGCCUGCAUGGGGGGGAAGGCGGCAGUCUACUUUGAGAACUCUCGCCAGCGGCUGCCCCGUCGCUUUCGAUAUCGGGGGAAAUGCUGCGACGGUGCAAACGCGUGGAGAGAGUGAACCGUUUCGCUUUGGCGGAGACGCGUUAUGGAACGAGGGCAGCAGAUUCUGUGACGACACCGAACGUGUCCGAGUAGAGGAAGGAGCAGAGAGUUGCCAUGGGGGAAGACGAGACGGGACAGUGCACAUCUCUCAAAGCGAUGACCAACGCGGUGACGGAGACGCAGGCGACCGUGAGUUUAGAGCCUUGUGGCUCAUCCCGGAGCUUUCCGCGCCUUCCUACGCUGCGUCUGCGAGACUGCGGGAUGCAGAUGUAUGCGGCGGAGAGAGACACACACAGGAUGAAGGCAUGCAAGAGAGCGGCAUACCUCGAAAGGACGUUGACGACGACAAACGCCCUCCGAACCUUUUUCGUACGUGCUCCAAUCGUGCCCCGGUCAGAGAGUUUCCCGUCGAACCUACCUGUUCGUUUUCCAGUUCACAGUCUUUCUCCCCCUUUCCUUCUUCUGCUUCUGCAACGCGUUCAAUUUCUUCGAUUCUCGACGAAGCGGCGGCGCCUCCACCAGGUUGGCUGCCGGAGGCUUGGCGAGCCGCCCUCGAGGAACUUCGCGCCGCUGGGACCGUUCCAGUCUCGCCUUGCCUCUUCGUUCCUUCUUGGCGUUCUGUUGACGCACCCGCAUGCCCACCCCAGCAGCACAUCACCGAAGGCAGGCCGAAGCCUUCGACGCGCUGCGUUCGGGCAGCGGGGCCCGGUGAGAAGGAGCUCGAGGCGACAGGUUUACGGUCCUCUUCAUGUCGUUCCUGGUCUUCUUUCUUGCCCGUCGAUUCGGUCUUCUUUCCGGCAUCUUCGUGCUUUCUUACCGCUGCGGCGACGCCUGGUUUCGGCCAAAGGGCGCCUUCACUUGUGGCAUCUCGGCGAAGCCUCUUCGGUUCGUCUCACGACGAGCAAAGAAGGAGGCUGUCCCCACCGGAUUCCCCUCGUCGCCCGACACAGGCGGCCGCCGUCCGCUGGGACCAAAAGAAGACGGAAGAGCCCGAAAGCAGCAAAAGCAUCGCCGCGGCACCAAAGGCGCAACUGCACGACGAACGCGCCGACGAUGGGGAAACCUGGAAGCAACCGGAUUGCGAACGCAGCAGGGAGACAGGCACGAAAGGCGCGGAGGCACAAGAGACGGAAACUGGUGACCUGAGGAUCCAACCGACAGAUGCACGGAGGAAACGAGACGAAACAAGUCUUCAGCUAGUUUCGGAGAUAGUGCAUCUCCUUGGUUCGGACGCCGCGUCAGAGACUGACGUCUCUACCUGCUCUUCGCUUUUUCUCUUUUGUUCUCGAUGGUCUCGUCCUUCUCUUCCGUCUGCUGCCUCUUCUCCGUUUCGUUCCCCUUCGCGCGCCGCCCACUGCCAGGCGGCGUCUCGCCUGCAUGAUUGGAGACAAAGGCGAGGACGCGAAGAAGACGGAGGAGCAUGGGAGGGAAGAGACGAGGACGCGAGGAAGCAGGACAGUGGCGAGCUCGUGCACCUCGGCGAAAAGACCAGAGAGGCCAGUCGGGAGAGGGGCGCCAACCGAGGCCUGGGAUGCGGCAGUGAGGCUACGGGCGGAAGAGAGGCGGACGAUGUCUUGGUCGAACGCGAGUUGAGGCGACUGGAAAGACAACUCAGCGCGUUCGGGCAUUUCGGGUGUGAGCCUCAACGCCACAUCGCCUUCCCUCCCGCCUCCUGA